AUUAGAGACCUGCAUUUAUAUGAUCUAAGAGUGUGGAAGUGAAGAAAAGAGGUUGGGAACUUCAAACUAUUUUGGUUGAUUCCUUUUUGUUGCUGUCAAAGACCAUAUUGCAAAAUCAGAUGGCUGCAGUUGGAGUCUGGCAUAUUUGUAUGCAAAUAUAACCUUUGUUCUCCAAAACUACAACAUGUAGUAGCAGAAAUGUUUAAUAAAACUAAUAGAUAUGGAUGGGGGGAAAACUUGAUGGUGCUUGAUUUGUUAACAUCCUUCAUAGAGUGGCAAUGUUUUCACCUUUGGAGAUGACAGUGCUGGACAACUAGGACACAACUCUUCAAAGAUUGGUCCUCAGAAAAUCGAUGAGAUUGAUGGUCCAGUUUCCCAUGUUUCCUGUGGAAGUUAUCACACUCUUUGUGUCUCUGCCUCUGGGCAGUUGUGGUCUUUUGGACGUGGUCUCCCUCAGCACACGGAAAGUUCGGCAUCGGAGAGCAGACAGGAAGAAAGACGGUGUAUUGACCUCAAUGCUCUUCUGGCCCCUAAUGAAUUGUUGGGAGUCCAAGUUUUUGCUGGAGCAUAUGUCAACUUUAUCAAUAUGUAUCAGGCUUCUGCAUGUGCUAGUGCAGCCACCUCUUUCGAUGUCUUGCCUAGGAUCAGCCAGCUGGACAGAGGACUGAUUGAGAAAUGGAAGUCAGCAGAAAUCGGAAGUGAAGCACAGCAGAAUGCUAAAAGGGAGAUAGAAGAAAUUUUCUCCUCACCUCCUUGCUUAACGGCAAGCUUUUUACAAACAAGAUCUGAUGUGUCAAUGGACGGUUUUGUCCCAGUGAAUCUGCAAGAAGCAAGAGAAGUUUUGAAGGAACUUACUAUGACAGAUUGGAUUGCUCGGCAGAUCGAUUCUUCUCUAUUGGACCACCUAUUUCUUGCUCUUCCACGGAGUUCUCCUCACCAAGAAGCUCUUGCUAUUUUUCUCCUGGUGCCUGAGUGCUGUGUUGCUCUUGAAGCACGCAGGAUACCGUCACUAGCUUUAAAGUUUGCUAAAGCUGUCACAGGUCUGAGCAAGGGCGCUUCCAACAUUCUAGAAAAUUAUUGGUCCUUGUUGCCAGAUCCGUUUUUAGAGCAAAUAGUUCAAAUGUUGAAGACCUGUGUGUCAGUCAUGUUGCCUUAUUAUAAGCUUUCUCCCAAAGACAAGUCAUGGAUCGAUACCCUCAAAGUGCUUAAAAAGCUGUAUAAGAUCAACAUGAAGGCUAAAUGCCGACUGCAAACAAGUACCUUCUGCAUAGAUGAAAUUCCUCAAAAAAUUGACCUAGAAGAAGAUUUUUGGAGAUGGGAGUUAUGUAAAAAUAUCCCAGAAGAAGACAGCUUAAUCUCUUUCUGCCUUUUUCCUUUUGUCUACAAUGUAUCAACCAAAAGGGAAAUACUUUAUUAUGGGUCCUUUGCUGUACAAGAGUUACUAAAAACAAAAGCUUAUUGUGAAUUGGGCAAGAAUUGGAGGCUGAGAAACAGUGACCUCCCAGAACGCCCUACCUUUACUCUGAAAGUGCGACGCCACUCUCUCCUUGAAGACACCUGGCACAAACUUAGUAUAUUGGAGGACUCCUACCUGAAAAAGCACCUGUUGGUUCAAUUUGAAAAUGAAAUGCUUGAUUAUGGAGAUCAAGGUUACCUGGUAGAAUUCUUUUCAGAGGUGUUUGAGAAGGUGGUACAGCCAGAAUAUGGGAUGUUUAUGUAUUGUGAAUCCACUUCCCCAAUGUGGUUCCCUCCCAAGCCUUCUGUGGAGAAGAAUAAAUAUUUCCUGUUUGGUAUUCUCUAUGGGCUUUCAAUAGCUAACAGAGUCACUGUCUACAUACCCUUCCCACUUGCUGUCUUUAAAAAGCUGCUUAACAAGAAGCCAACUCUCAGUGAUGUGAAAGAGCUAAGCCCUGUGCUAGGAAGAAAUUUGCAGACAGUUCUUGAGUAUGAACAUGAUGACCUUGAAGACAUGUUUCAGCUAUGUUACUCUAUUUCCUGGGACAGCAUGGAUUGUUUGUGGCAGGAAGCAACAGGAUCUCUGUGA